AUGGAUAUACGCCUGGGCAAGAAGAAAGCUGGCGCCUAUCUCAAUGACUACGACGAUGAAAGCCACUGGGCUGUGGGCCUAUUUGACUGCCUCGACACCCAUCUCGACGCUUUUCUGGUAUCGUGGGCUUGUGGAGUGUGCGUGAUCGCAACACAGAAGGCGACGCUGGAGGGACGAACAGGUUGCAACAUCGCACAGGACUGCGUGCCGGUUACGUGCUGUCCGCUCUGCUGCGCCACGCUCGUGCGAACCCAAAUCCGCGAUCGCUAUGGGAUAGAGGGCUCGUGUAUAUCCGACGCGCUGGUGAGCUGCCUCUGCUCGGUAUGCGCCCUCACGCAGCAGGUGCAACAGAUGGAGCACAAGGGAGACCGCCCAGCCCUCUUGUUCAUGGACAAGGAACCCUAG